CGCGUAGGUGGUACGUCCCGCGGUGCCAGGGUCCAAAGUGUCGUCUGAAACAAGAUGGACGCCAGCCUGGACAACUUCGUCAGGGAGAAAGUGCGCCUCAAGGAGUAUGGCGAAACUUUGGAGAAGUUGGCGGCCGAUUGUGAGACAAACUACGUCCAGGCCCGGACUCCCCAUGCCCGCGCCCAGGCGUUUGACUCGUCACGACAGUCGGCGGCCCGGGCCCUGACGGACGUGGCCUACCGAAUCAACCUGCUGGCUCAAACACUCGUCAACGUGCUGGACAACCAGAACGACACCGUCAAGAAGCUGGGCGCUGACAUAGGACAGUUAGAUGCGCAAGCUGACAUCAGACUAGAGACCGCAGCCAAACAACGCGUCUUCGCCAUGACCGCAAAGAAACCACCCACGGAAGAGCGACCAAAAGUGGACGGCCCCAAAUACGUCAGACGAACCAAGGUGGAGAUGAAGAAAUUCCCUAAAGUCAACUACAACUCCCUGGACAGGUUAGGACACGGCUUGAUUCUGACCCCCUCAACGUCAGUAGGCCGCCUGUCUGGAGUGGUAGACUUGGAUAAAUUCCGAGCUAAACAAGCGGAAGAGUUGAACCUCCCACCUGACAUUAACGACGAGGACGCGCAGACCGACCAGGUCGUGGAGGACAUGUACUCCAAGCUCAGGAAGGGACGAAGCCCUUCCAAGGGAAAAGUCGACGACGACGAAAACGUGUACGAAAGAGUAGACGACGGCGGGCGGACUUUCGGAGCUCGGACGUUAGAGAGAAUAUCCUCAAAUUCCACAUUCGGUCGUGCCGCAUCCCCAUCCACAAGUGCAAAGUACAAGACCUUGCCGUCAGGGGGAAAGAGCUCGCCAAAACUCGCCUUAAAUCGCAACAGUUCUCUUCUGACUCGUCCCAAGCACGCCCCGCCCCCUCCUCCAGCGAAACCCAAGCUCCCUCCGGCUAAUGGUACAGCCUCCUCCGCAGCAUCCACGACAACGACCAAUCAGAACGCUUCUCCGAUCCCCCCUCCAUCACAGGUGUCAGCCAAUCAGAAAGCUUCUCCGAUUCCUCCUCCGUCACAGGUGUCAACCAAUCAGAAGGCCGACGCAGUGGCCCCGCUCGCUUCUCCCGAAGAUGACGAGCCCGAAAGUACCAGUAGUUUCCUGGCAGCGAUCAAAGCCGCCAAACUGAAAAGUCAUGGCGGGACCGGCGAUAAAAACGGGGCCCCCAAAAAGGAAGGUGUUCGGGUCAGCGUCAAUGACUACCUUCCACCGCCGCCGCCAUAGCGCCAACCGGUUACUCACUUUUCAGGGGGUCAAAAACACUAUGUACCUUCUCAAUCACUGGAUGGAACAUCCCAAAAACCAUAUAUGCGUUCUCAUAGAUGGAAACUUUCUCACCUUGGACUUGUUCAUGAGAAAUCUGCGUAACCUCAAACAAUCAUGUUUGCUAUCGGAAAAAAUAUGAUUACAUGUAUUUUUCUCUGUUUUUAUAAUAACUCAAACUCCCAUUCAAGAAGUUACCUUAAACUUAAUUUCAAAACUUUUGAAUUAGAAAAUUACGUAAAUGUUUGUGUGUUUUAUGCUUGAAUGAGUUCCGAAGAUGUUUGCACACUUGUAAAUAUGAGUAAAUAAUUUCAAUCAUAUCCUUGUCAACCAACUUGAGAAAUCGGCAAUUUAGCGAAGAUGACCUUCUGUGUUAAGUAUGAUAAUUAACGCACAUAAUUUUUUGUCACAAAAGUACAAUGUGGUCUUUUGUUUGCAUUUGAUAGCUGGUUUAUUUGCUGGUCUUUGAGUGCCUCUUGAGUGUCAUUUGUGGCGUUAUCGACUCAUGAUUUGCAACAAGUAAGCUAAGUGUUGUAAAUGAGACUAUUGUAUAGUAUAUAUUAACUAUAUCUACCUACUACAAAUGUACUGAUUACAGAUACGAUUAUAAUUUGAUAACCUUUUUAUAUGAUGAGGUUGAACGUUGCUAUGAUAUAUUUAGCAGAACAAGAACGAUUUACUGAUUAUGAUUUAAGUACAUGUAACCAUGACUUCUCUUCUCCGACUGGUUCACGAAUUUCCAAAUUUUCCAGGGACGUAGAGUCGAUUCAUGUCUGGUUUAUAUUUCUUUUUUUUUUCUUUUAUACGUGUAUUUUGUUCAAACUAUUGUAUUGAAAAUUACGUUCUUCUACAUCGAUUUUAAAUUUCAAUACGUAAGUUUGCUCCCCCGAAGUUGAAAUAAACGAAUUA